AUGCAUAAGCUGGGCUCCUGCUGUUUGCUUUUCAUAGGAUUCUUAACCCCUCUCUUAUCUCUUCCCAUCUCUGACUCCAGGGAAGUAUCCCUUCAGCUCUCAGCACGGGAUGGAGACGCGAGGCUGGCGCUGCAGGACCCGCAAGGAGCCUCCGCUCUGCAGGCGCUGCCGGAGACCGUGGCGGCCGGAAGAGGCGACGUUCCGAGGGAAACAGGUCCUACUACAAACAUUUUUAACCCAAGAGGAAAUCUGAGAAAGUUUCAGGCUUUCUCUGGACAAGACCCAUUUAAUAUUCUCCUGAGUCAUCUUUUGGCUGGAACCAGGAAAGAAUACAAGAAACGUGGGACUCCUGAAUGCUUCUGGAAAUACUGCGUCUGACGUGGAAUGGAUGUCUAUUAGUUAACUCAGAAACACUUACCUUAGAAAAUUAAAAAUAAAAAUGCUUAGGCAAACUAUACCCUGUUCCUUAUUAUUUGAAAAAUAAAUCCUCUAUGUUUUGCAAAUAUCAUGAGUGAUUAUUUUCACUAUAAAUUAUCCUGAAAACCUGUAAUUUUUCCUUCCUUUAAUUUAUCCUUAGAGAAAUCUUUGAAAAUU